AUGUCGGAGGCGAAAAAAAUUAAAUUGGAUUCCUCUGGCCCACCGUCGGAUAAACGUAAACCCAAGCACGGCAAAGCGGGCAAGCGAAACUAUUACGCAAAGGCGCAGGACCAUGGUGCAGGAGAUCGCUGUCUGAAGCCGGGCCAUCGAGGAUUUCUUGUAACAUGCAACGGGCAUGUUCGAGAUUGCAUUCGUGAUAGCUAUCGCAUUUUGAAUGCAUAUGCAGACGAACUGUAUGGUACGGCAGAUAAAACUCCUACUCUCGACGAUAAUAGCGGUGGCGAUGGUGUCGAAUCAAACGUACCAAGCGAUGAGGAGGACAUUUCAAUCAAGCUACAGAAAGAGGCAGAAGCGGCCAGUCGAAAGCAGAACAAAAGCUUCCGAUUCCAGAACGUCGACAGUGGUGCCUUGAAUUGUCUGUUCAUCCAAACGACCCUGACGGAUCCGAAUGAAAUGGCCGUCAAGCUGAUGAAAGAUUUGAGCGCCACGAAAAAGCACAAAUCUCGCUUCAUCUUGCGAAUGUUACCGAUACAGGCGGUAUGCCGUGCGAACCUAAAGGAUAUCAUCGAUGCUGUGGGGCGACUGAGCGAUCUUUUCUUUCUGAAGGAACCGAAAACGUACGCUGUCAUCUUUAACCGGCGGCUUAACAAUGAUCUUUCCCGGGAUGAUGUUAUACGCGAAGUGGCAGAGCUCAUCACGACCAAGAAUGCGGGCAACAAGGCGAACCUCAAAUGUCCCCAACUGGCGGUAAUCGUGGAAGUUAUCAAGGGACUAUGUUGUAUCGGAAUUCUUCCCGACUACUACCAGCUGCGGAAGUACAAUCUUGUGGAGCUAGUCGCUCAACAGAGUACAGCAUCCGCCAUGCCGGUAAAGGGAGAUGACUCGAAGGCGGAAGAGGAGAGCACGCAAAAAUCACAGGAAGCGGAAGAUAAGCUGAUUCCAACAGCCGAGCAGCAUAUCGAAACUUCCGGACAGGAUAAGGUGACGGUAGAGUAA